AACGGGUUUGUUGGCCCGAGUCUUAGCUCUUUAGCUCUUUGGCUCUUUGGCUGUUGUCAUUUUUCACAUAGUCAGAGGCGAAGAAGCUGCGCAGUCGCAAACGCUAAGCAACAAGUGCGCCGAAUCGCAAGCUGGCUUAAAAAGUGACAGUAAAUUUAGUUGGCCAACAGCGAUAACAACAACAACAACAACAACAACAAUAAGAACUACAUUGAUAACAGCCAUAACAAUAGGAAUUGGGGCCAGCAACCGAUGACUCCAUCAGUUGCUGUUGCAGCUGAGGAGCCGCGUCAGCGAUGCGGCACUGUCUACACCUGGAACUGCGCCGGUGAGCUAUACGGCAUCGAGUGUGAACUGUGCGAGGAGCGUCCACUCUGUGCCCUGGACGAGUUCGCCGAGCACAUGGAAAUAUGGCACUCCGAUUGGCAGCAGGCGCCCGUCGACGAGCUCAUGCUGGAGGUCUUGGCCGAGCAGUCAAGCGGCGGCGAGGAGGUCAACGAACUCAAACAGCAACUGGUCCAAGAGCUGAACGCACUGGACACCGCACAGCAGACGCAGCAGCAGCAACAGCAGCAACAGCUGAUCGAUCACAGCAAAUUCGAUGCGAAUCCCGCCCUGCCCAUAGGGGAGCCACCGAAGCUGACGAGUCAGCACGUGAAGAAACUGAUCGAGCUUUAUCAAUCGCAUCCCCGCCUCUGGGAUCAGUCGCAUCCCGAGUUUCGGGAUGUGGAUCGUGGCCGGGAGUCGUGGCAUCAGAUAACCGAUGCAUGGAGCGCGCAUUGCGGCCGUAGCUUCAGCGUAACGGACGUACGCAUACGGAUCUCGACGCUGUGCCAGCGAUUCCUCAAGCAGCGCGAGCGUCUGGCCGCCGAGGGCGAGCUGGAGGAUUGCGCCAAGUUCGUGCACUACGAUCAGCUGCGCUUCCUGUGCGAGCAGCAGUCGCUGCUCAAUCGCCAGGAGCACAUUGCGCAUGAGAACCGCAAGCUGCUGGAGAUCUACGAGCACUAUCCCAUUCUCUGGCACAAUGCCCACAAGCGGCUGCGCUGCACGGAGACGGUGCGAAAGCGACACGAGGCACACCGUGGACUGCAGCUGGCACUGCGAAUGUGCGGAGUGAAGCUGUCCGGGAUAGCCAUGCAGCGACGUCUGCUGUCGCUGCGUAAGCGCUACCGGCUGGAGAAGAUCAGGUAUCUGCACAGCAUCGUGGAAGGCAAGCAGGGGGAGUUCGUAUCCAGCUUUGAGCACUAUGCGGAAAUGGAGUUCCUGCACAAGCACAUCGAUCCGUAUGUGUGUGCGGCCUGUGGCAAAAUCUUUGAGAAUCUGGUGAGCCACCAGGCCCAUGUCCAGGGCAACUGUGAGGAGCAGCCGCUGAAGGAGACACCACCGGCAAUGGAACAGGAGUGCCAGCAGCAGCUGGAGAAGGACAAAGAGCCAGAGCAAUUGGAAUUAGUGGAGCAAGUGCAGCCAGUGGAUCAGCCGCUGGAGGAGCUGAGCAUGCCUAGCCUGGCUGCUGCGGUGCUCCAGCCCGACUAUCCUCGCGAGGAGCUGACAGAGACCUCCUCCGAAGAGAGCCCCAACUCGACGUCGCUGCAGCUGCGUAUGCGGCUCAGCGUGGAGCUGACGCACAAGCUCAUCGAACUCUAUCGCCAGCAUCCCAAUCUCUGGGAUCCCAAUCAUCUGGACUAUCAUACAAGGAAGCUGCGCCGCCAGGCUUGGCACAGCAUUGCGGCUCAAUUGAAUGCAGUUAGCGGAGGAUCUGCAGCUGGAGCUGUAGCCGGAGCUGCAUCUGGAAGACGCUUCAGUUGGCAAAUGCUGCAUCGCAAGCUCACGGACUAUAUCAAGUACUAUAGGCGGGAGCGCCAGCGCGAGGCUCUGGCUGUGGAGGGCGAGGGCGCGGGCACACGCUGGGGCUUCUACGAGGCGUUCAGCUUCCUGGACGAUGUGGUGCCCAUCAAUCGUGCGCUCCAGAAAUCGCUGCAACAGCGCGACAGCAACCUGAAGAUCAUUCAGGUCUACCAGAGCUACGAGCAGCUGUGGUGCACCACCCACCCGGACUAUACGAAGCGCAAGCAACGACUGCGGCAUCUGGAAUCGCUGUGCACGCGUCUCCAGGAGGAAUGCAAUCUGCAGAUCACCGUGGAACGUCUGAAGAGUCGCCUCAUCGAGUUCCGCUGCCAGUACAGGCAGUGCAAGGAGGCGCGGCAGGAGGCACUGAAGCGCGGCGAAUCGUGGCUGCCCAGCUACGAGUACUACGCUCCGCUCCAGUUCCUGGAGCUGCACGUCUCGCCCUUCGGCUGCGACCAGUGUUCGGCGAGCUUUAAACGGCGCAGCGAUUACCUGCGACAUCAGCACAAUGUCCAUGCGGAGCAGCUGCAGCCGCAGCAGCUGCGUCAGCGACGUCGCACCAAGUGCUCCGGCGGCUCAGCUGUCGCCAAUCCGCUGGAGCACAUCUGCCACAUCUGCGCCAUGAAGUUCUCGCUGCGCAGCAGCCUCCAGGCUCACCUGCGACGGCAUCUGGGCCAGCGCACGCACUGCUGCAGCGAGUGCCCCAAGAAGUUCUUCAACUCGACCUCGCUGCGCGUGCAUCAGCGCAGCCACACCAAGGAGCUGCCCUACGUGUGCGAGCACUGUGCCCGGGGAUUCGUGAACGCCAGCAAAUUGAAUCAGCAUGUCAAGCGGCACACGGAGAAGCGGGACUAUCCCUGCAAUCGCUGCGACAAGGCCUUCUAUACGGCCCACGAGCGGGAUCGGCAUCUGCGCGCCCAUCUGAACAUCCGGGACAAGGUCUGUCCCUACUGUGGGCGUGCCUUUGUCGUGGGCAGCGCCUACUACGCCCACCUCAAUCUGCAUCGCGGCGAGAAGCGCUACAGCUGCACCAGCUGCGGGCAGAGAUUCGCCCAGUACGCUGGACUCUACAAGCAUCGGAAGCGCUGUAAACCUGGCGAAGAGGAGGCAAAAUGAAUCAUUCAAUACUCAUUCCAUUCAUAUUU